AUGUUGGCAGUUUAAAUGUUAUCUCUUCAUUUUCUGGUAUUCAGUGCAUGGGUAAGUUCUCUCUCCAUGGGGAUGAUUUUCUUUUGCUGCCCAAUAGUCAGCAUCUUCACAGACAUAUUUGGUUGUCGGAAAACAGCUGUUGUGGGUGCUGCUAUUGGAUUCAUUGGACUCAUGUCCAGUUCUUUUGUAAGUUCCAUCGAACCUCUGUACCUCACCUACGGAAUCAUAUUUGCCAGUGGCUGCUCCUUUGCGUACCAGCCUUCCUUGGUCAUUUUGGGCCACUAUUUCAAGAAGCGCCUCGGACUGGUGAAUGGCAUUGUCACCGCGGGCAGCAGUCUCUUCACAAUUUUGCUGCCUCUCCUUUUAAGGGUUCUGACCGAAAACUUGGACCUCUUUUACACACUGAGAAUCCUCUGCAUCUUCAUGUUCGUUCUCUUUCUGGCUGGCUUUACGUACCGGCCUCUUGCGCCCAGCGUCAGAGCUAAAGAGAGCGGAGUCAAAGGAGGCAACAGAUCCCUCUUUUCCAAAAGAAAGUUCAAUCCUCCCAAAAAAAUUUUCAAUUUCGCCAUCUUCAAGGUGACAGCGUAUGCAGUGUGGGCCGUGGGAAUCCCGCUGGCGCUUUUUGGAUACUUCGUGCCUUACGUCCACUUGGUGAAACAUGUGAACGAAAGGUUUAAAGAGGAAACCAACAAGGAGGUGGUUCUCAUGUGCAUUGGCAUCACGUCGGGAGUUGGACGGCUGCUCUUCGGCCGGAUUGCAGACUACGUGCCUGGCGUGAAGAAGGUUUACCUACAGGUGCUCUCCUUCGUCUUCAUUGGUCUGAUGUCCAUGAUGAUUCCCUUGUGCAAUGUCUUCGGGGCCCUCAUCGCCGUCUGCCUCAUCAUGGGCCUCUUCGAUGGAUGCUUCAUUUCAAUUAUGGCCCCCAUUGCCUUUGAGUUAGUUGGUGCCCAGGAUGUUUCCCAAGCAAUUGGAUUUCUGCUCGGAUUCAUGUCUAUACCCAUGACUGUGGGGCCACCUAUUGCAGGGUUACUCCGUGAGAAGCUGGGUUCCUAUGACGUGGCAUUCUACCUCGCUGGGGUCCCUCCCCUUAUUGGAGGUGCUAUCCUUUGCCUUAUCCCAUGGAUCCAUAGUAAGAAGCAAAGAGAGAUCAAUAAAACCACUGCAGGAGAAAAGAUGGAGAAAAUGCUGGAGAACCAGAACUCUCUGCUGUCAAGUUCACCUGGGAUCUUGAAGAAAGAAUCUGACUCUGUUAUUUAAUGUCUUCUAUCCCUCCACCAGACUGGAUUUGCUUUCAGAAGUUUAAGCAAGUUUUCCUUUUAUAUAAAUUGCAAAUUAUUUUUUUAAUCACAUCCUAAGAAUAGCACAAUAAUGGGAAAUAGAACAUUUAUUACUACAAGAACCAUUUCUGCCACCGAAUAGCUGUCUAACAUUUCCAUGAGUCUGAGGACAGAAACUCUGGUCCAUGAAAACAUCUCUGGAAGUUAAAUAUUAUGAGAAUUUGAUCUAUCUCAGUAGAUAGCAACUUUGGAAACUGUGAAUGCUAUUUAGCUUCUACAAAUAUUUAAAAAUACCUCAAGCUAUACUGAAAAGGUUGUAAUUUGGUUAGACUGGAAAUAUUGUUUGUUGCCUCACAUGCUGUUUUUAGUUCUGGUAUCUAUCUAGAUUUUAAUUUCUUUUGCUAUUUGGAGACUUUUUACAAAAUUUAAGUCUGGCUUCUAGAUAAUGUGCGAGCUACCUAAACCUCAAGUGUGUGUGAAAGUUGCUUUCCCUGCUGUCAAGUAGGCCCUGACAUGAAGGCGUUCUGACUUGCCCUAGUGUCAGAGAUCUUUUUGGAGCAAAUGCUAGCACUGUAUUCAGAACCAGUAUGUGAGAUUCCUGGUCGUAAGGGCAGAGCAGCUUCAUUUACAUUUCUUCCCUAUGGCUUUGUAGUGUUUUACUGGAGUAGCCAGAAAUGCUCCAAAUUUCUGAAUUUGUUUAAAUUAUAACAAUAAAGAAAAAUAGAAUGAAUGAAAGAUACUCUAGCAGUUUUAACAUAAAAUAUUUCUGGCUUCUGAAUUUGUUAGCACUGGGACCCAGUAUUUAAACAAAGCCUUAUUGAGCAUGUUGUCAAGUUGCAGUUUCAGGCACAGUGGGGGAAAAGAUCUUGGUGUUUGUAAAGGAAACAUCUAUUUCUGAUAGACACAGUUGCUGACAUUGGUUUAUGAAAUUAAUGGGUCGUGAAAGGUUAGAAGCAUUUAUAAAGAGAAACAACUCCUACAUUUCCAAAACUUUCUGGCAGAAAUUUGCAUUUGUAUGUAUUUCGCCUAGUGUGUUCCCCAUUAACAUUCUUAGUACUUUUUUCUAUUUAUACACAGACAAUUGAAAGCAAGCUAUUAGAGUUUAAGUACCUAAAAUUAAAACCAAAUCAUGCCAUGACCCAUGCUCAUCUACAAAACACAGAACACUUUCCUCAUCCCUGAAGUUAUACAUUUUUGUUAUUUAGGUGUUUAAAAAUUAAUAAUAUGCAAAGUACAUUUAAAUCCUAAAUAUAGAUGUUUAUUAGAUCUUCCUCAAAUGUAGCUUGUUCACCUGGGAAGAAUGUUGUUGUUGUUGUUUUAUGUGGGUUUUUUUUUUGAGAGAGAGACAUCAAUUUGUUGUUUGACUUAUUUAUAUACACUCAUUAGUUAAUUCUUGUGUGUGCCCUGACCGGGGGUUGAACCCACAACCUUGGUGUAUAGGAUGGCACUCUAACCAACUGUGCUACCUGGCCAGGAUGAGUGUUGUCCUUUUCUAAAGCACCUCGAGGACCCCCCUGUUUCUAAGUUCUUUGUAAGGAAAGAAAGUUAGUCUAUUAUCUCCUUACUUUACUUUUCAGCUACUGUUGUUUCUGGAAGGCAACGCACUUCCAUUCCUUGUCUCUAGCUGAGGAUGGAGAUGCCUGGAAAGCACAUGGACUUAGAACUGAUGGAGAGCAGGGAGGUGUGGCACUCAGAAGGUGGGAGGAGAGUGAGGCUGUUCAUUAAACGGCGAGAAAACACAAUAAUUUUCCUUUCAGAAUCAACUUUCUUAUCUGCAGCCUUGAAAGUUCAACGUCUAUAAACACUAAAUGUAGAAUUUGUUUUUAAUAGGAUUUUAAAUAAUUUUGAUUGUGAAGACAUUCAACAACUUACUGUGGCCAUACACACAGUUGCAACUUACUCCUUCAAAAUGUCCAUAUUUCAUAUUCAGGGACUUCGUAAUUUGUUUUUUGGAAGGUUCUGUUACAAAGAAAAGGAAAAACCCUACAUUUGAACACACUGCCCUUUUAUGUUCUUAUUUUAAACUUUUCGAAAAUGACUUAGAAAUGAUAAUGUAAUAAAUUAUCUGGUUUUUCAUUUAUUCAUGCCCAAUUAUAAAAGCAUAAUUUCCUCAUUAUCAAUGCUUUUGAGAUCAGCAAAAACAUAAAACUAAGACCAAUCAUCAUGCCUGCCAUUAUAAAUAUUUUUUAGUUUUUAUAAGACUCCUGGUACUCCCCACCUGCAAUUGUACAGAAAGAAUAAUUCUAAAAUAGAAUAUUUACUCUGUAAAGACCUCCAAAGUGCUUUUCCUUUCAAAAUUUGGCUGAUUUUAGGGGAAAUAAAAUGUAAUAAUCUGAAACUCAAAGACUUGAUCUUGCUUGAUUAGUUCUAAUAAAAGAGCAAAGUGACUUAAUAUUUAUAAUAAAACUUAGAUCUCAGAAUACUGCACACAUACUAUUUCACUUAUGUAGUUUUCAGUCUAAUGCAAUGAGUCAAACAGGAUCUAUAACACCAAGAAUUCUCCACCAUAAUUGAGUACUGUGCUGUAAUAAUAUAAAGUUAAAAAGAAAAAGUAUAAAAGGUAAGAUGUUAAAUUCCAUAAAAUGCAUAUUUAGUAAUAUGUUGUUUGGUACAAAAAGUUUUAAAAGUCUAAAGUUCUAAAAGUUCUACAAACUAAAAAAAUGAAAAAUACUAACAUUCAUAAAGAUUCAUGUUUCAGACAAAGAAAUAUUACUUUAAUCUUUUAGUUAAAGUAAAUCCUUUCCAAUUUCUGAAGUGUUACUAUUGUAAUAAAGUGAUGGGCCUAAAUUUUUCUUGGUUCAAUUCAGACACUUUUUUUGAGAGGAAAAGAAUAGAGUCAGAACUCUACUUUCUAGCACACCAUCCUAAUUCUGAUAGGAUCAGCAAAUUCUCACAUUCAAUAGGUUCUUGCAUUUGAGGCCAGCAGUUACAUAAGAAGGGGAGCAAUUACUAUUCCCCUUUACAGAAGCUCCGGGUCAGAUACACAGGUAACAGAUACCCAAAGAUCUUCCAGAAACAUUUUGGUUAAAUUUUAUUGCAGUGGAUAUUGUUGAGAUCCAUCCAUUUCAGUAAUAGACCCACCAAGUUAUUGAUACUUUAUUCAAAAUUUGUAAAUCUCUUUGAUCACAGUUGCAAUGCUUAGUCUAUGAUCCUACUACAAGACUUGUAAUUUCCACUGAAAAUUGCAUAGUGAUUGCAUUAAGCUUCCAAUUCUACUCAUAAACAGAAACAAGGCCUUGUUUGCAUUUCAUGAUCCAUAUGUUAUCUGAUUGUACAUACUUGCGGACGAUCACCUAGGCUCUGCCUAAGUAUUGAGAAACCUUUCAUGCUAUCAGUUUCAACUUCUCACACUUUUAAAGUAAACGCACACUUAGUUGUAAAGUAAAUUAUCUUUACUCUUUUCAUAUUAUCUUUAUCCUUAUCAUCCUUUUUCCCUUUUACUUCCUCCUAUCCUUCAAAACAUCUGCUGAAGAGUCUGUUAACAUCCUUGCUUAACUCUACUAGCUGCUCAGCUGCAGUACUUCCUGGUCCCUGUGGUUUCAGAGGCUGGAACCCCAUUCAAUUUGUGUGACCUGGAGAAUGGCUGGCUCUCAGUCAUCAACUUAGAGUUCUAAAGGUCUAAAUUAUGUGCUUAAAAUUUUGGGGGAAAUAAAUUUCAUAUAAUUGCAUCUUUGGUGUUAACAUAUAAAACUUUAUUUAAACGUUUAAGGUAAAUGCUUUGAGAGAAAAGAUUGUCGAGUUCUUAGCAUGAAUAUUUUUGGAGGACACAUUUUUUUUAACUUUGCUUUUGCUCUUCCUUUAAAGUUUUGCUAAAUCUUAGUCCUGAGAGCACAUCAUGGAGGAUGCCUUGGAUUCAGUGAGCCUUUCGGAUGCUGUUCCCUACGAACCUGCCUUAGGCGGGGUCACACUUGGUGAGCUUAGAGGCACAAGUGGAAAGUUUAAUUAGCUCCAAUUUUUAAAUAUGUAAACAAUUUAAAUAUUUAAAACUUAUUCAAACUCUUUAGAAAAUUCCUAACACUGACAGCUUUAUUGUGGCUGGUAUAAACAUUAAGGAGUACUUUCUAUAUUAGAUUAAAGGUUGUUGCUUUUUUCCAUAUGUGAAAAGUAAGAGGAAGUGAGCUUUACUGCUUUCUUUUUACAUCUAUAUUAUUUUUUAAUUUGAAAGAUUAAUGUUGUCUUGGCUAAUAGGAAAGUGCAUCAUCCAUAUAGUUUAAUGAACUCAGAAAAAAACUCAAACCUUUUGCUUUGUUUUUAAAACAAAAGAAGAAUUUGCCAUUCCUAAUGGUGAUGUGGUAAUCCAUAGAAGGCAGGCUUGCUACUUUACUGGUAAUCAUUAAUUCUGCUCAUAUUAUACUCACUGAUUUUUGUGGGUGAUUUGGUUUAAGGGAAAUAAAAAGACCAUCUCAAGUGGAGUUUGAGAAUGGUUCAGGGCGAAGAGUCGCAAGGUGGACAGCAACAAUAGGCAGCUCCCGGAUCACUGUUAUUUCAUAGCCGCAGCCUUGUUUAUCAGUUUACUUGUUGGCAGAGGCUAAUGCUUUGUUUUGUAAAUACAAUAGAGCAGCGGUUGCCAACCUUUCGGACCAGUGGUCCAUGGACCACCAGUUGGCGGUCCCUGCACUAGAGAGUGAUAGGUUACAGUCCUUAAGACUAAGGGGCCAAAUGCCUAUAGCUACAUGUGAAACCUGAACACAACUUAGAAGCACAAUUACUGAACUAUCAUAAAUGUGGACUUUAUCAGAUGACUUCUUCUGAGACAGUAAAGACCCAUGAAACAAUUCAUUGCCAUAUCUUUGACUCAAAGAAAUCUUGAAAUCUGGGACAUAGUGGUUUACCUAAUAGUUUACUAUACAUAGUCGUUUACUUAGCUUGCCCUUUUUUAAAUGAUCAAUAUUUAAGUAGUGAACAUUAAUCAUCUUGACCUCUAUACAUUCACAGAAAUCCUCCAUGGUAUUCUUGACAUCUAACAUAGGACUACCUCACUUGUGACACAGAAGAUUUCCAUUUUUUAUUAGUGUGUUGGGAAGACAUUGGGAAUGAAACGAAACCUUCCUAAGCACCUGAUCACAACGCUCACUUGACCCGGACAGUCCACCUACCUCAGCUUUCAGUGUCCAACCAAAAGCGUGGCUUAAUCCAUGCGUGCUUAGUCAGAAGGAAGCUAAUGGUGAUGCUGGGAUUAAAAGGCAAGGGAGUGCAAGUUGUUAAGGGGGUCAAAACAGUAAGAUUUCUUAAGUGCUUUGUUCUGAUAAAUGGAUAUAAAAGGAGUAUUAACUGAUGUGGCCGGUGGAUCAUCUAACAGGAAAAUGGAAGAAAUUUAUAACCUGUGUGUAAUAAUGAACACUUACUAAAAUGCUUUACCAGGGGCUUUGCAAUUAUGCCGGCAGCUUGAUGAGGAGGUCUUCUUUCCACUUGCGUUUUCUUUGGCAGGAAGAUGGAUGACCACUGACAACAGAUGCAUCUUGUGCCUUAGCCUUACAGCUUACAUGCUGAACUCCUGUAAAAGGCCCCCCUUUCCUCGUGGUAAUGAUGUUUUGUCCCACAGGAGUUUUUAAACGCUGUUGUUGUCUGUGUCUAUAGUUAGAAGUUGACCCACAAGUUCCCAAAUUAAUUAAAGACGUUCCUAGCCUUUCAGUAUGAGCGCUGUAAGAGGAGUAUUUUGGAGUUGAAUGUCGCAAAGCAUGUAAGUGAUAGGACCUAUCUACAUAAAAUAACAUUAAGAAAUCAAAGGAGAUAUGUGAUACUAUUUUGGAACCUCUGAUAUACAAGGUGGGG